GGAAUACCUAAUUGAUUGAUGUAAAAGGGUCACCUUUUUUCCCGUGAACAAACCACCAAGACCCAAAAAAAUAAAAUAAAGCAUUGUCCUUCAUUUUUCCUCUUCCAUGUAACAAUUACUGGUACUAUUUCUCCUCUCCAUCUUCAGACAAAAUAAACUAACACCAUGGCUACAGAGCAAAGUAAUUCUUCCACACCCAAACUUCCUCUAUUUUCAGCACCACCAGCUAUGACUAAAUAUUAUUCACCUCAACAUUCAGGUAUACUAACACCACCACUUAACACCUUAGCUUCUGUUCCUUUCAAAUGGGAAGCACAACCUGGAAAACCUAAACCUUGCACUGACCUUAUUAUUUCCAUUUUCAAUGAUAAUCAGCCCAAAUGCUUAGAGCCACCUCCAGCAAGACUUUACUACUUGGAAAAUACCAAAAUGCCCUCCCCUACAACUGUCCUUAAUGGACCUUACAAUAAUAAUAAAUGUACAAGUCUUGAGAGAGGACAACUUGGUACUUUAGUUCUUUACAAUAAGAAUAAGAAUAAAGUACGUAAAUCAAGAGGAUAUUGGUGGCAGAGGUUUGUUAAACGUAAGGGUACUGGUGGAAAUAUUAGGAAGGAAGCUGGUGGUGUCGGUAGGGGUAGUUUUGUCUUUUCAUGUUCAUCUGUGGAUUCAACAGGCAGUGAUGAAAGUGGACAUAAUCCCAGUGUGAAAAUGGCUACACUUAAAAGAAAUGCCAGGUCUCACUCUCACAUCUUGGCUUCAAUAUACGAGGGUUUCAAGCAGGUCAUACCAUGGAAGGGCAAAAAGUCAAAGAAAUAAGUAAUCAUUGAGUAAGACUCAAACAUGGGAUGCUUUAUCAAUCAAAUGAAGAGUUGUUGAAGAGUAAUAUCCUAAAACUCCUUGGUUAUAUAUGUAAUAUAUGUAGUAUAAAAGCAUGAAUUAUAUAUGUUUCUUCCCCCUGAGAUGUAAUCUACGAUAUUUAGCAUUAGUUGCUCCUUUAACGUAUCAUAAAAUUGGUGCUGA